GGCCAUCUUGGCCCUCAGGCCGGAGACGCGUCCAUGGGCAACCGCUGGAAGUGGGACCUGUCCCUUUCCAGAGCCUUCUCCUCGGCAGGGCCCUGGAGGAGCAGUGCCAAGGGGAGAGACACAGAGCUUCGCUUCUGCAACAGAAACAUGGAACACCUGGCUCUGCAGUAAGGGGAAUUUAAACCUAAGAGCUCUGGAAAACAGGAGGCCCGUUUCUAUUGUUUGACUAUCUCCACUGAAGAGCUCCUAUAUUUGAUUGACAAGGUCCAGCAUGGGCUGCAGUGGCUGAAGUUCCCUACCAGUGCUGCUUUGCUGAUGUAUCUCAGCCCUGACCCAUUCUUGGCAGUGCAUCUGGGAAGGUGUUUUCCAGGAUUCCUUCUUGAAUGUCCUGGCUCCCAGUAGGAUCGACGGCGGGAGGCGACUCAUGACCAGCCAACAGUGACAGCCUUGGGCUCCCCUGCUUCUGGCUGCUCAAAACAACCACCAGGCUGCUGUGGAGAUGAAUGGAGAACAGCAGUAUGAUGCAGAUGCUGGUUCCAGUGUGGAUGAAAUGGAAUUCAAUUGGGAUGAGUAUCUAGAAGACACAGGAGCAACUGCAGCCCCCCAUGGAUCUUUCAAACAUGUGGAUACAAGUUUGCAGAAUGGUUUUGCUCCUGGAAUGAAGCUGGAAGUGGCUGUCAAGUCUGACCAGAACACCUACUGGGUAGCCACCAUCAUCACCACCUGUGGGCAGCUGCUGCUGCUGCGCUACGAUGGGUACGGGGAGGACCGCAAGGCUGACUUCUGGUGUGACAUCAUGACGGCUGAUUUGCACCCCAUCGGCUGGUGUGAGCAGAACAAGAAGAUCCUCAAAGUGCCUGAAGGUAUCAAGGACAGGAUACCUGACCAGGAGGAGUUCCUUCAGCGGGUGCUGAAGGGAGCGUGCAGUGCUCCUGCCAACCUGCUCGAGGGGCUUCACAGAGGGAAAAAUCCACUGGAUCUCAUUGCACCGGGCUCCCGACUAGAACUGCAAAACAUCCGGGAUUCCCUGGAAGCCUGGAUAGUCACUGUGGUAGAAAAUGUUGGGGGGAGACUGAAGUUGAGAUAUGAAGGACUGGAGGAUUCUGACAAAUUUGACCAGUGGCUGUUCUACUUGGACCCUUUCCUUCACCAAGUGGGUUGGGCAGCCCAGCAUGGAUAUAGCCUGCAACCACCUUUAGCCAUUAGGUCCUUGAGGAGUGAAGCAGAUUGGCAAGAGAUCCUGAAGAAGGUGAAAGAGGAGGAGGAGGAGUCAUCCGUUCCUACAGAUCUUUUUAAGGAUAAACCUGUGAUUGGAGUGCAUUCAUUCUCUGAAGGCAUGAAGUUGGAAGCUGUGGAUCCAAUGGCUCCUUUUGUAAUCUCUCCUGCUACAGUUCUUAAGGUGUUCAAUGACAAAUAUUUCAUGAUAGAGAUUGAUGACCUGAGACCAGACCGUCCCAGCAGCCAGUCCUACGUUUGUCAUGUCAACAGUGCUGGCAUUUUCCCAGUGCAGUGGAGCCUGAAGAAUGGCCUGAACCUCAGCCCCCCCCCAGGUUACCCCGGGCAGGACUUUGACUGGGCAGACUACCUCAAACAGUGCGGUGCUGAGGCCGCUCCCCAGAGCUGCUUCCCCUCGUUAACUUCUGACCAUGGCUUUAAAGAGAAUAUGAAACUCGAGGCUGUGAACCCAGUUGAUCCUGAAGAAGUUUGCAUUGCUACAGUCACCAAGUUGAAAGACUCCUACCUCUGGCUUGAGCUGGAGGGUUCCAAGAAGCCUGUCCCUGACUGCAUAGUGAGUGUGGAAUCCAUGAAUAUCUUUCCAGUGGGUUGGUGUGAGACGAAUGGAUAUCAGCUGAGGCCUCCUCGCAAAGCAAUAGUAAACAAGCAGAAAAAAAUUGCAGUAGUUCAACCAGAAAAACAAAUUUUGUCUUCAAGGACAGUUCAUGAUGGACUAAAGAACCAGGAACUGAACUCUUCUGACUCAGUGGUAAUUAAUGGCAAGUACUGCUGCCCAAAGAUCUACUUCAACCACCGGUGCUUCUCGGGGCCUUACCUGAACAAGGGCAGGAUUGCAGAGCUCCCCCAGUCCGUGGGACCUGGGAACUGUGUCCUUGUGCUCAAAGAGGUUCUCACUCUGUUGAUCAAUGCCGCCUACAAACCCAGCCGUGUCCUGCGAGAGCUGCAGCUGGACGAAGAGGCUGCCUGGCAUGGACAUGGAGAGACCCUAAAAGCCAAAUACAAAGGCAAGAGCUACCGUGCGACUGUGGAAGUUGUGAGGACGGCAGAUCGGGUGGCAGAUUUCUGUAGGAAAACAUGCAUCAAGCUGGAAUGUUGUCCAAACCUCUUUGGCCCUCAAAUGGUGCUGGAUAAGUGUUCUGAGAACUGCUCUGUCCUGACAAAGACUAAAUACACACACUAUUACGGGAAGCGGAAAAACAAGCGGAUAGGUAGGCCCCCGGGUGGCCACAGUAACCUGGAAGUAGCCAUGAAGAAACCAAAUAAAAGACGGAAGAGGCGAAAACAUUUUUUUGUUCAUAAGAAAAAACGUUCUUCUACGUCCGUGGAUAACACCCCAGCUGGGUCUCCCCAGGGCAGUGGGGCAGAAGAGGAGGAUGACCAGGAUGAGGUGGAUGAGGAAUCUCUGACUGAGGACAGUACCUCAGAGCACCAAGAUGAACUGCUUGAAGAAUCCGAGGUAUCAGAGAAGAAAUCACUGUCGUCAUCUCCUACACAGAGUGAACUGUCUCAUUCCCUGGCUCAGGACCGAGACAAGCGGAAGAGGAAGCUCAGGACCUUUUCCUUUUCUGAUGAUGAAAAUAAACCUCCUUCGCCAAAGGACAUAAAGAUGGAAGUUGCUGAAAAGCUGCAGCUGGACAGUAACCCUCUGGAGUGGAGCGUGGCUGAUGUGGUACGAUUCCUCAAAUCCACUGACUGUGCUCCACUGGCGAGAAUUUUCCUUGACCAGGAAAUCGAUGGCCAGGCCCUGCUGCUGCUGACUCUGCCCACUGUUCAAGAGUGUAUGGACUUGAAGCUUGGACCAGCUAUUAAACUCUGCCAUCACAUUGAGAGGGUCAAACUUGCCUUCUACCAGCAGUUUGCUAACUGAGGAGCAGCCAAGUUGAAGUGGACCUUUGAAGCACAACUACAAAAACAUGCUCCUUCCUCUCUAGCAAGUGAAGCCAAAUGAAGUUAAACUGAGGCCCUGGUGACCUAAAAGUGUGUGUCAGCCUCGAUUUUUCUGUUUUGACAAAAGGAAGACAACAUCUGGAGCAAAAUGCCAAUGCAAACACAGGGGCUACUCUACCAGCUGCCAGCUCGGGAACACAAUAGUCUCUUGCUCUAUGGUUCCCUUUUUCUAAUGUAUUUUUUAAUGAUUACAGAAAAGUCUCCUCUCAUGGGAAAUGACAUUUCAAUAGUUCUGUUGGCACGGAACUUUAAAAGGCGAAUCGGAUCCUGUUUACGUUAGCAUGUAGGCUGCCAGAAAUAACCUUUCUCUGUCCCUGAUGUCUCACAGAAUCCCCUUCCCUCCCUGUGGACGAACACUUGCUUUUCCACAGCACUGACUUUGGAAUGUGCUCUUUGCACAUUCGUGUGUUAAUGUUGAGUUUUUUAAUGAAUUUGUUCAUUGUUAGGACAACAAUGUGGCCACAGGGUUCUGAAUGUACAGUAUAGCAAGAGUGUGGUUCCUUUUGAAGUUCUUUUGUUUAUUUUGGAUUUUUUUGGUUUCCUUGUUGUUGGGUUUCGGUUUUGUUUUUACUACCUCUGUAGCCUGAACAGUAGAAGUGAUGAAUUAAAAAGGGAGGGAACUAUUCUUUCUGGACAAAUCUUCUGUAGCUGCACAGCAGUCUGGCUUCUGUGGGCAUGUCCAGAGUACAAACCAAUGUCAGCAUACAGAGCUUCUGUUCCAAAGCUUUAGUGAAACCUGUGUAGGCGUAACAUGGAUGUUUCCUUUUUCUUCAGAUGUCAGAAAACGUAAUUAUUUUUGCACUUCUCUUACAGACAGGCUGUAGGAAAUAAGGAAGGAAAGAGGAAGUGCCUCUGCAUUUUCUAUAUUUUGGUUGUCAGAUUAUUUUAUAUUUUUUUUUAAUUGUGUGAAGUUAUUUCCUUUUUCUUCUAGCAAACAAUUGGGCCAUGUACAUAGAGCCUGUCAGCAGACUUUUGCUUUGCUAUCUGAACAUCUUUUUAGAGAAUACACUAAGGAAACUGCAAUCAAUAGAGGACUGCAAGAAAGCUCUGCCAGUGUUUGCAUACUGGAAACUCUUGUGAGCUUGACUUUGGAUUUUUAACUAUCUGCAGAUGCUCAGGAUCAGACUUGGUGAAAAUUUGGUGGGUUGGGAAGGGACUUGUCUGCUUUAAUUAGAAAAAAGGAAAAGGACCAGAGGAACAUCUUAGGUCCAUCAGUAGGCUCACCGUAGGAUGAACUGCUGAUUUUAAUUUUCCAGGGUAAUAAAACCCAGUCAGCCACUUGCUGCAGACCUGUGCUUUACACUUUAACAGGGCUUACAUUACUUUCCAUUAAAGGUGUGGGGAAACUUGUGUCAGGCUCGAGAUCUGCAUCACAUGAGCGUUAAGUUUCUGCUGGCUUGCAUUCAGCCACUGCCUUCCUCACAGUACUUGGAGGGGCACGGGCAGGAGCUGGAUGUGUGCAGCCAUGGCCCUUUAUCUCCUGUUCAAAUCCAGCUGUGCAGGAAGCCCCUGGCAUACAAAGGUGUGUGAGUUAGGAAUUGGUUUAGGAAUGACACAUCUACUGGCUUGUGAUGAGCACGGGCCACUCUGGUCAGAGGAGGGAUCGGGGUGUCCCGUAGGCCCAGUGGGAUCGGCCGUUCCUGUGCUGUGAGCUGCAGGAUUCGGGAAGGAGGUGUCUGUAAGCUGAGAGCUGAGUUUGCACAGCCUGUGUCUGUACCUGCCACACUGGUGUUGAGGGGGAGCUGCCUCCAGGGAAAACUGUUUGGACUAAGCAAAGCUCAGUGACUGGACUUUACUUCCUUUGCCCCUUAGAAUAACUGCCUAGUCAAGGCAGAACUAUUUACAGGAAUAAAUAAUCAGAUUUUUUUUUCCUGUUCCAGAAUCGAAAUGUAAAUACCAGACAGUUUAUUAGCUGAAUAUUCCUGAGGGAGGGAGGGCAGUGUAUAGCUUGGACAAUUUUUCUCCCAUGCUGUAAGCAGAGUCUGAAAACGUAAUUAAAUUGAAAUCAAAGUGUUCCUUCUUCCUCCUCACACCAGAUAUGUGGCCAGUAAAUGGAUGUUUUGGCUCUUCAUAUUGUGCUUAGGUCAUCUGCCUGUACUCUAUUCCCUUAGGACAAGCUCAGUGAUAAGCCAUUAGGCCUGAAAAAAAUUUAAAAGAAACACUGCUGCUUUACUGUCAGCAUCUUGUCUUGAGAAAUUUGACCAGCAGAGAACUUCUGGGCUGGAAGGUGAUGCUUUUGGAUCAGUGCAAUAUGAUUUCCAGAGCUCUCUUGCCCUGAUGCCUCCUGCAUAGCCAAGAGAUGUUGCUUCCACCUUUCCCCAUGGACAGAUACAUAUCUUUUUAAGUAGCUGUCAGGAGAGAAUAGAGCUUAAAGUGUAAUUUAGUGGACCUGUUAAGAUGGUGCCUAGGGUUUUAAAUACAAAUGUCAUACUUCUUUUUCUCAGUAAAUAAAGCAGUCAGCAGUUUCAGAUGUUAGUGAGACACUUACUGGUCACCUUUGGCAUGUUUUAUAGGCUGGAUUUUUCUGCCUUGUUUUGGGAGGCACUGACAGUCUGGUCCCAAUGGGAUCUAUUUUUGUUGAGAUUUUCAAAAGGGAUGUUUUCAUUAUUUGUGAAAUGUUUUUAUGCUGCACACGGGUACUGUACACUCUGUUUCCUGGGGAAAAAAAUGCACUCUGUUUUAUUGCUGGAUUUAAAAGGGAUAAUUGGGGCUUUAUCUUGAUGGAUGGUGUUUCUACUUGACUCUGUUUCAAGUUCCUCUUUCUCUAUGCGUGGCAGAUGACACAACUGCACUUAUUUGUUCAACUUGUUCCAACAUGACUUGAAAUCAGCUCACGUGGGGCUUUAGUCGCUCUGUUUCUUCAAAACUGGAUUUUGCUUAGCUGGUGGCUGAAUCUUGGCUUUGGGUGCCAGCAAUGUUUCACCAGCAGGAAUUGCUGGGAUUGCAGUAAUUUGGGUUUCAGGAAUUUGUGCCAUCCUCUACCACAUCGUUCACCAUACGUACGACAACGCUGGAGUCCAGGAGAAAGGCAGUGGUGUCUUGCCAUUAUCUUCAGCACAAGAAAAUGAACUCCCCACUGGGCCUUGUGUGCUGUUUCUGGGGCUGGUAAAGGGAGUUUACCCUUGGCUUGACCCACUGAGGGUUUGUAUUCUGGCCUGUCAUAUUUUCAUACGUGUUGUGCAGUCUUGGGUUUGCACACCACAGCUUUAGAAACCUGGUGGUGCCACUUGUGCUGUGCUAAGCUUAGCCUUGUUAGGCAGAAAGGUUUUGUUUGGUUACUGUGGUGUGCUUUCUGCACCAGCACAAGGAUUCUGUAAUAGAGAAGUAUUCAACCUCCAGAAAUGUCAUGGAAGAUUCAUGUGGUAGGAUUAUCCCCCAAAGCAUGAGCAGCUUGCAGUCCAUCCUAAACUGAAAGCAGUCCUUCCAGAAGAGCAGAGGUACAGCACUGAUCUUGGUGAAUGAAGACUACUUUUUUCCUAACUCGAAACAUUUCUGAAAGUUCCUCUUUGAGGACUGAAAUAAAAGGCAGAUUAGUUUCUGUGUUGUACAGUACUCCAGGAGUGUUUGCAGUCUCUCCUGGGAUUAAUGGAAACAGUACAUACAGAGUUCGGUAGUGGUUUUUAAGAUUACUUUCUCUGUCACAACUUUUAGCAGUAUUUUGUUGUUGCUUUAGGAUUUGCUAGUGUUUAUUCUUUAUUCCAGUGAUGCUUUAAAGGAGGGAAGGAGUAUUUAGCUGCUAGGUCCACAGAAUUGUAAAUAUAUUUACAGUCAAUUGGACUGAGCACUCCAUUCUUCUGUGUAAAGUACAAAGACUCGGUACAUGGUUUGCGAAAAGCCAAGUGGCUCGUGAGAUUUUUGAAUGUAACGGAAUAGGCUUCAAAACUAUCAAGCUCAAACUGGAGACUGGAUACCUUUGGACCAAAUCUGUUGUUACUAGAUGAAGUAGCCUUACCAGAAAGCCAAAAAUACGAUGAUCCUGUACAAAGCUACUCCUUAACUAGUCCUGUCACAAUAGUGGCAGACUGGUUACUGCCUACUGUGAGCUCAAAUUACCUAAAAGUAACUAAGCACAAAGACAUAGGCUCGGUCAGGAGACUUCAGGUGUAUGAUGAAGGCUCCUCUUUAAAGGGAUUGUGUGCUGAACCCUUAUUUCAGAGUGCUGCCUCCCUUCCCCAACAUGUGUGUAGCCUUGUUUUCAAAGGCAGCCUUUUGGGUGAGAGAUUAGAAUGGGACUUGGGAACACCAGAGACAACAAGCCUCUUUUAUUGUUACGUGUUUUUCUAAAAAAAUUAAUAAUAAUCUGUAGGAAACACAACAAAAAUGAAUUAAGAUUGAUGACACUUGGUCUCCACAGUCGCUUCCUCAAGUGGCAUCUGUUGUUCUGAAAUGCACCAGAUGCGUAAAUGGACUUUUGAUGAGAAGACAAAGUUUUACUCUCUUGGGUGCAAAGCCAGCAGUGUUUGGCUCAGCUUUAAGCCAUGGAAGCAAGCAGGUGUUGCACUGACCAAAUUCAGAGGCAGUAGGUCUGACUGACUGAGCACAAACACGGUGUCUGUGGGAGCCCUCUGGCCUUGCACAGUCCGAGAGGAAGAGGCCUGACCCGGGCACAGCUCGGCAAUGGACAGUGAGCUCCGGGCACGGAGGAAUCCUCGCCCACUCUGAAAGUUGUUAAGCACCAGUUUCCAAGAAACCUCAUGGCAAAAAAAAAUAAUCUGGAGGUGUCAUGUUUCUCCUCUCCUCUUUCAUUUUUUUUUUAUUAUUAUUUCUGUUUAAAAGGAAUUUUAAAUAAUCCUUAUAGACAAUCAGAGGUCUUUUAGGAGACUCUGCCCUAAAGGGUACCAGCUCCCCACCUGUGGGCCUCUUUCUUAUACUAACUCAUUGGAACUGAUGCACUUUUCCUGUAUUUUGCCUUUUUUAAUUAGCUGCUUGUUCUUAAACAAAGAUUUAAAUGCAUAUUGUGUUGUGUCCCUUCUGCUUGUUGUUUUAUCUUUCUUUAACUUUAAAAAAAAAAAUAUAUAUAUAUGCAGUGAGACUGAAAUACUACAUGGAAGAGAAACAUGCACAAGAAAAUAUGCCUAUUAAGUCCCACCAUUGUUUGAGCAGGUGUAACAAUUUAAUCAGAGGAUUUUUUUAAAAACUAUUUUGGAUGGAUAUUUUGCUUGUUUUGUCUGUAAAUAGUGUACAAAAGUUUGUGUUAUAUGACAGUUUUAAGUGGUUGUAAGAAAAUUAAAAAAGAUACUUAAACUGUUA